UCUCUCCUCCCCUCCUCCUCCUCCCCCUGAACCACCGAUUCCAUUUCCUUCCCCACUCACUACUCCUCCCCUCCCACCUCCGCCACCGUCGCCGCCGUACCACCCCCUCAAAAUGGCCAAGCCGCCCCUCCUCCUCUUCCACGCCCUCCUCCUCCUCCUCCUGUCCCUCUCUAUCCUCUCCCCGGCCCUCGCCGAGAUCAAGACCCUGACCAUAGCCUCCGACUCCCGCCCCAUGAUCCUCUUCGAGAAGUUCGGCUUCACCGUCUCCGGCCACGUCAACAUCUCGGCCUCCUCCGUCUCCGUCGCAUCCUCCCUUCCCGUCGCCCCCGACCCCUCCCGCCUCGGCUUCUUCCUCCUCUCGGACGAGUCCCUCCUCCAAGUCCUCCUCGAGCUCCAGCACAACCCCCACUUCUGCGUCCUCGACUCCCACUACAUCGUCCGCCUCUUCACCUUCCGCGACCUCUCUCCUCCGCCUCAUGCCUCCUUCAAGGGCUCCUACCCGGUCACGUCCCCGAACGAGUACUCCCUCUUCUUCGCCAACUGCGCCCCCGAGAGCCGCGUCUCCAUGGAGGUCCACACCGAGCUCUUCAACCUCGACCUCGACGGAUCUAGAGAUUUUCUCUCCGCUGGUCAAACUCAGCUCCCUUCUCUCUUCUUCCUCUUCUCUAUCGUCUAUCUCGCCUUCCUAGGGUUUUGGAUCUACAAUUGCUAUCGCAAUAAGAGAUCCGUCCAUCGGAUCCAUCUGUUGAUGGGCGGAUUGCUCCUGAUGAAGGCGUUGAACCUGAUCUGCGCCGCCGAGGACAAGCAUUACAUUAAGGUCACCGGCACGCCUCACGGUUGGGAUGUCUUGUUCUAUAUUUUCCAGUUCAUUCGCGUCAUCUUGUUGUUCACGGUCAUCGUGUUGAUUGGGACGGGGUGGUCGUUUUUAAAGCCCUUUUUGCAAGAGAGGGAGAAGAAGGUGUUGAUGAUUGUGAUCCCGCUUCAGGUGUUGGCGAAUUUGGCUUCUGUUGUUAUUGGGGAGACCGGGCCUUUCAUUAGGGACUGGGUCACUUGGAAUCAGGUGUUCUUGUUGGUGGAUAUAAUCUGCUGCUGCGCAAUUAUAUUCCCCAUUGUGUGGUCGAUUAGGUCUUUGAGGGAGACCUCGAAGACGGACGGAAAGGCUGCUCGGAACUUGGCGAAACUGCAGCUGUUUAGGCAGUUUUACAUUGUGGUGAUUGGGUAUUUGUACUUUACACGGAUCGUGGUUUUUGCUUUGAGGACGAUUGCGGCGUAUAAGUAUCAAUGGGUGAGUAAUGCAGCAGAGGAGAUGGCAAGCCUUGCGUUCUACGCUGUGAUGUUUUACAUGUUUAGGCCAGUGGAGAGGAACGAGUAUUUUGCUAUCGAUGAAGAGGAGGAGAAGGAAGCUGAAAUGGCCCUACGAGAAGAAGAGUUCGAGCUUUGAGUUCUUGAGGUGGCAAGGUUUUUUUUUGCUCAUUUUAUCGGUAAUCGUGGUGCGGCCCCACUGAAGGACAAGACGGUCUUUGGAAUAUCAAUUAGCGGUUGCAAUGGAACUGUUGCAUAAGGUCUGCUGUUCCAACUCCUGUGUUGACAUGCUCCAUUUUCUUUUGGUUAAAGUUGGGCUCUCUGAUGUUCUAGAUUUCUCUCACUAGUGAGCAAGUAGCAUUUGUAUUUUAUGAUUUUACUUAUCACCCCACUCAUAAAUCUUGUUAUAGAAUUGGUUCAAUCUAUCUCCUCCAUACAUGUCUCUGAGUCUCAAUCUUUGAUUUGAAUCCAUGUGCUGUUUGUAUCUGUUUGUAACUGUUCCUCAAUCAUAAUGUGAUGAUUUUCACUUUUUUUUUCGUGCUU